AUGUCCGACUUCUCACGAUUGCCCGCCCGAGGCAGCUCCUCGCCAGCACCUCCGCCUCCCCCACCACCAGCUCCCGUGCAACAGAGUCACAAAUAUUCCAACCGCGCGGCCAGUGCUCUGGCAAGAUUCGCCCAGCCCUUCUUCUCAGGGUCUCGACCUCCUAGCCCGCACACAGCGGGAAGUCGUGCAGAUUUGUCUGCUGGUCCCCGUUCAACAAGGCCCAAGUCAUUACCUGGAGCAUCCCAAACUGUUACGCAUAAGACUGGUAUUCCUAUUGCCGCUCUAGAUAUCUCCCCGCAGCGGACACAUGCAGUCAUUGGCGGAAAGGAGAUUCUGAAGACCAUUCGCGUUUCGCCUGAUCAUUCUUCCGAGGAAUUCAAUCUUCGCAAUGCUAUCAUCAGUUAUUCAUCCACCCACCAUGGUGGGAGUGGACUCUCCGCCCGGCAUAAAGACCAGCUGACUGUGAGAGAUGUCAAGUGGUCACAUGGCGAGUAUGACCAGAUUAUUGCCACGGCGGUGGCCAAUGGCCGCAUCGUGGUGUAUGAUCUGCGCCGAACUGGCUUGGAAUGCUGCCGAUUCCAGGGCCACAGCCGCCAGGUCCAUCGGUUAGCCUUCAACCCGCACCAUGCGUCAUGGCUUCUAUCAGGGAGUCAGGAUUCUUCCAUCCGAAUGUGGGACUUGCGGACAGCUUCUGCGGAACGUGGCGUCUUGGUGUGUGGGAGCCUGGAUCUGUUCCACGGUAACAGUGAUGCCGUCCGGGACAUCAGGUGGUCGCCAACCGAUGGGGUCAUGUUCGCAACUGCAACAGACAGCGGUGCGAUACAACUGUGGGACUGCCGCAAGUCGAGUGCUCCGUUAAUGCGGAUUACUGCUCAUGACCGCCCGUGCUUCUCGGUAGACUGGCAUCCUGACGGGAGGCACAUCGUCAGCGGUGGUACAGAUAGACAAGUGAAAGUCUGGGAUUUCUCUUCCUCUGCCGAACGCCGACAGAAGCCAACUUUCCAGUUUCGAACCCCACAGGCAGUUCUCAACGUCCGAUGGCGUCCACCGUCGUGGGCUAGGGAGCCGGAGGGUUCUGGUGAUUGGCAGUCAUCCCAAGUAGUGACAUCUUACGACAAGGAGGACCCGCGAGUUCAUCUUUGGGAUCUUCGCAGGCCACACAUACCGUUCCGCGAAUUCGAUCGGUAUGAUGCUCAUGCUACUGACCUGCUCUGGCAUUCCAAGGACCUGUUAUGGACAGUAGGUGAAGCUGGGGCCUUCACUCAAACCGAUAUUCGAUACGCUCCUCAGGUUAUCAACCAACGCCCGACAUGCUCGGUGGCUUGGAGUCCGAGCGGCGAAGUCCUAGCCUUCGCCCAGAAACGUCCCCAACGUAGUACUCUAGGUCUCAGCACCACUGAGUUCGUGGGCCCUCAACAUGAAGAGAACAACAGUGGUGAGGUUUUGAGUCAAAGCCCUGCAGAAGACGUUCUUGAUGAGACGUCGUUUGCUUCUAUCCGCCAUCGGCAUAGCAAGUCGAGUAGUGUCCGGCCGUCUAAAUCCUUAGGCAGUACCCCGCCUGGUGUGGGCGAUCUCAUUCCUAUUCUUCCAUUAGAGAAGGUUUUGUCGAAGAUGAAAUCCCCCGAGGCACGCCAAAUUGGAGCAGUUGGAAGCAUUCCGGGCGCUACAAUGGAUCGAGAUACCUUUCAAUACUUGGCAUCCAAUUACUCUUCUCUGCUCGAUGGUGCUGAUGCUGUUCGCAUGGAUAAGUUAUCAUCCAUGCUCGAAUCACUAGACCACAAUGCACAGUGCUCGGAGGACGUUUCUCUACUCAAACUAGCGCAGACUUGGCGCAUUAUCAAAUUUGCUGUCGUCCAAGAGCUCGAGACCAGAGCUCGAGAGCAACGUCGCAACUUAGACAAGGGGCCUCGCACCAUGAAGAAGAAAUCAUCCAAGGAGGGCCCUGUUUCGGAGAAACCACGGGUGGUUGAAGAUGGGAGACAGGACAAAUUGAAAACCAGGAUGUUCAAGGGGGUGGUAGAAAACGAAACAUUGAAGCUUCCACUAACAGACUCUGAGAGCGCGUCUAACAUGACGACGCCUCUGGCGCAGCCAUUGCCUGACUCCCCUCUUGGGUCUUUGGACAGCUCGACUUCGCAUAUGACAUCUUUGAAUGACAACACGGAAAUGAAGCCUCUUCCACCGUCGGUUCUCAGCUCUAACCAGGGCACCAUGACGUCGAACGAUUGGUCAUCGAUGUCAGAUAUUGUUCCACAGCCAGUCCAUCAAUUACAGCAUCGUCAGUCUGAUGCAAGUGAAGAUGUCCCUAUCCCACCUGACAGUCUGCCCUCCGAGCCAGGGCCUGCCCCGGUGCUUCAAGAAAACGGGGGUGAUCAAAGAUCUGCACCUCGAGCCAUCUCUGGCAGAGCAGAUUGGCAUCUGGGCGCUUCAAAGGGGACUUCUGACGUAGACGAAUACGACCAGAAAAUGGAGGACAAGAAAGCAGCUAUUCGCGACUAUAGAAACUUUCCCAAGAAGGUUCUCUCACUGGAGUCUCCUAUGGUGCCUAUUAAACCUCCUGGAUUCCACCGGCAUGAGUCCUCGGAGAGCUUCCCUAUGUUCUCAGCCUCAACAGAGAGUUCCCAUCCGUCCAAAUCAAUGGCCACCUCAUUAUCUUCAGCAGCGAGACUGUAUGAGGCUCGCGAGGAUGAAGAUGUUGACCACGAAGCGGCUACUGCAGAGCCCAGUAACAGCUAUGCUGAAGUCAAGGAGUCAGUCCCAAGGGCUACCUCUGUAAAUGACAGAGGAACCCAGGAGUGUGAGACAGUGGAAGAUAUUCCUGAUCCAGAGUCUAUACACCUUGAGCGACCAUCUAGCCCCCCUCCUCUUUUGAAAGACAGUCGGCCCCUCGAUGCUUCUGGUCGAGAAGAUGAAGAUCCAGUGCACACGAACUCGGUAGCAACUGGAGGAACUAGUGAGUUGAUCGGCGUGACUGUCCCCGUCAGCCCUGACGUGACAACGAACAAGCCCUGGAGCGUUGAGAUGCUUUUCAAAGAAGCAAUUCGACACUACCAUAGUGGGAGCCAUGUGGACAUCCAGUCUGCUGCGCACUUACUGCAGAAGCUACGAAUCCUUUUCAAGGAUUGUGAAAAGAUUCUUCCCGAUGAGGAGGCAGAAUACAUAUUCAGAGCGUACAACGAGCAGUUGGUGCGCCAGUCAAUGUAUAUUGAAGCUGCCGAGCUUCGACUUUUAUGUGUCCCGUCUUACCCAGCAGUCUACGAGUACGCCCAGGGGGACACUUUCAUGAACGUGUUUUGUUUCACAUGCAAACGUCCUUACGAAAACCCAAAGACCGAUAAUACGCGUUGUCAUCGCUGUAACACUCCUCAGGAGCCAUGCGCCAUCUGCAUGAGCCUUGACCCGCCACCUGAGUGGGUUGCAGAGCUCUCCAAUGCAUCCGCCCAUUCAACUCCAGAGCUGACCUCCGAGGCCGCAUCGCACGCACUCUCAUCAUCACACUCUUCACUGAAAACCGAGCCCAUUCCCCAGAGUGAAUUACAGCGUCUGGACACUCUUCUCUCCGAUCCAUCGCAGCACCCUCGACCCAAAGGAUCCACUCUCUGGACCUGGUGCCAAGGCUGCGGCCACGGGGGUCACUUGGCUUGCAUAAGCACAUGGUUAAACGAUAUCUCCAUCAGCGAAGGUGGUUGCGCUACUCCAGGAUGCAUGCAUGAUUGCGGCCCUGGCCCGCGUCGCGAACAUAACCGCUCCGUCCUGCUAGAGGAGUCAAAGAGGCGUGACACUGCCGGCCGAAAAGCCGGUGUAGGAUUCAUCAAACGAGACACAUGGACGAAAGGAGAAAGCAGAGCCGUCGAAAAAGUUCGCGGCAUGCUAGGUGUCGGUGCAUCAGCCGGGAGCGCUUCCACAACAGCUACCACCGCAACAAGUGGCGGGCCUAGCGGGGCUUCCACUAGCACAAUGUCACCCAAGAAGGUGCGAUUGAUAACGCCCAGUGAACAGGGUCAACCGCGUCGAAGUGGUCCGCGAACUAGUCUUGGAGGCAUGAGUGGGCUUAGCGGCUAA